UACACCUACCUUUUCAUCUCCUCCCACAGCUAAAUCUUCUCUUGAAAAAGCAGAGUCUGAGCUAGCACUGGCUUCAGUAUCUCCAGCAUUAGAAGAGGAAGCUGAUAAUCAUCUCACAGGAUGUUGUUUUGAUGGAAUGACAUCAAACACUGCAACACCCACAAAGUGUAACCACAAUACUUGUAGUGCGUACACUGCAAAAAAUCAAGGGGCCGAAGCAACUGCCUGUGAUCAGGUAGGAGACUCAAAAAGUGUUGCUCUCCCCAUUACAUUCACAGAUGCAAUGGGGCUAGAUUGGGGCUCGCUCUUGCGCUCGCUCUCCCCAAUACACUCGCAGAAGCAAAAUGUGUCUGGCGACCUUGUCGACGAUGUACCAAACUACCAUCAUGAUGGGGUGCCUUUGCAAAAUGGCACAAAUGAUCCAAUCGCCUAUAUUUCUAAGUUAUUGGAUCUAAUGCCUAGUGAUCCUGAUGAAUCCCUUCCUAAUGAUCCUAGCAGUCAAAAGACUAUCGCUUUUGACCCAAGACCACGGUUCAUGGAAUCUGAUAUGGACGACGGAUCACACAGUGCACCAAAUGCAAAAAAGCUCAAUGCACUGUUUUAUCCAACGGUUCAAGAUUCUAUGAGGUCUGUAGAGAUCAAUAGAGAAGCUGUUUCAUCAGGGUCCUAUAAUGAUGGAGGUACUUCUUCAAUCAGAUCUAGCUAUGAAUUUGGUUACUAGCGACCAAACUAUCAGCGACGUCGCUGAUAGUUGUCGUUAAUGCCAGCGACGGCAUUAAUGUCGUUGCUGAUGUUAUAUAUAUAUAUAUAUAUAUAUACGUACCUGCGACUACAAACAGUCAGUGACGACUACUAUUUGACGUCGCUGAUAGUUUUUCUAAAAUUAAAAAAAAAAAAAAGAAAAUAUUAAAACUCACAUCAAUACCGACAACUAUAUUGUCGAUGAGUCGCGGAAGUGUUUAGAAAACCAAGAAAUCCAUUUACUUGGAAAUCGAUACAUUAUCCCACUUGUAUGCCAAUUGAUGCCAAGUGAUGCCAACAGAAGUUGAUGUUUGGCCUAUGGCCACUUUACUUUUUCUCAUGUAUGAUUAGUUAGUUUAUUGGUAUCUUCUACCUACGGCCGUGCGGCAGUGUUUGAAUAGCCGUGACUUGAAGAUUAUCACGCUUCGUAGAUUUUCAAAUUUGAAGAUUAUGUUAAGUUGAUGGAUCUUUGGCAUAUGGCCACCUUACAUUUUAUCGAAAUGUGAUGGGUCAAUUUGUCGGCAUCUUCUAUCGACGAUUGUCUGGUGAGAGCUGAAUGCUAACCGUAAGGGUUCAAUACUCAAACCCUAAGUUAGCUUCCCAAAUCCCCUGCUUAAAACAUGUAUCAAGAAUUUGAAGUGUGUAUGUUAAUUUGUAUUUCAAGUUUGUUUCAAUUUUCCAGUAUGUAAUUAAUGAAGAACUCAAGUUUCCAAA